UCAGAUACUCAUACUACAAAUUCUCUUUUUACAUUUUCUGACUCACAGCUUUUGGGGUUUUCUUCACCUUGAGUUCCUCAUUAAUCAGAGUCAUCAAGAAAACAUGAAUGAUUUUGAAAAAGAUGAAAUUACGAUUCUUUCAGAAAAACGUCCACAACCAUCCGAGCAGCAUCAGGACUCCAACUUCCAAAGGAACAUAUCGAGGACACAAAGCGCUUCAGUUUUUAUUCCUAUGGCUUCCCUUGAUCCAUAUGAGAGACAACCGAAUCUUGUCAGACACACCGCGAGGAAUUCUCCGAUUAGCCAAAUGAGUGGUCCACUAUAUGCUACUCCUGCAACUGGAAAUAUAGUAGUGGCGGGAAACAAGUUUCACAAUUUUCUCUAUGGCGACGCCAAUUGUUUCGGAAGAAAACUUUUAUCUUUUUGCUCUUCAUGUAUUCCUAGAGUUAUGAACCCUCACUGUAAAGUCGUACAACAAUGGAACACAAUUUUUGCUAUAUCUUGCUCAGUCGCAAUUUUUUUUGAUCCGUUAUUUUUCUUCUUAUACUAUGUGAACAAGGAUGAUAAAUGUAUUGUUAUCAAUUGGACAAUGGCAACAUUACUUUCUUUACUUCGAAGCAUAAUGGAUGUCCUGUAUUUUUUGAACAUUCUUCUCCAAUUCAGGUUGGCUUACAUUAAUCCUGAGUAUAAGGGCAUUGGUGCUGCAGAUUUAGUUGACCAUCCCACGAGAAUUGCUCAUAACUACUUGAAGGGUUACUUUUUUAUCGACUUAUUUGUUGCAUCACCUCUUCCUCAGAUAAUGAUAUUGCUUUCCUUGGGGUCUUUAGUAGCACAUAAUACUAAGAAUCUUCUACCUCUAGUGAUCUCUUUACAGUACAUUCCAAAAUUAUAUAGAUAUUGUUCGCUCUUAAUAGGCCAAUCUCCAACUCCAUUCAUAUUUGCGUCAGGCGGGGCAUAUUUAACUAUAGGUCUUCUCACCUUUAUGUUCUUUGGCCAUGUUGUUGGUUCAUGCUGGUACCUUUUUGGUCUACAGAGGGUUAACCAAUGUUUGCGAGAUGCCUGCCAUCAUUCUAAUCUACUUGGAUGCAUGGACUUGAUUGAUUGUGAUUCUAAAGUGGGGAAUAUAUCAGCCACAUUAUGGAGUGAAGACAAGAGUGCUGAUGCUUGUUUGAAUGCCACAUCUGGUGCUUUUUCUUAUGGAAUUUAUGGCAAUGCCAUACCACUUACUAUAGAAACUAAGGUGAUCAACAAAUAUGUGUAUGCACUCUUUUGGGGAUUCCAGCAAAUCAUUACUCUGGCUGGUAAUCAAACUCCAAGCUAUUUUGUGUGGGAAGUCCUCUUUACAGUUUCCAUCAUGGCAUUGGGACUCAUACUUCUAGCCCUUCUCAUCGGAAACAUACAGGGAUUUUUUCAGACUCUUGGCAAGAGAAGCCUGGAAUGGUUAAGUAGAGGCUCUGAUGUUGAGCAAUGGAUGAGCCGUCGUCACUUACCGGAAAAUCUCAAAAGGAGAGUACGGCAGGCUGAACGGUAUAGUUGGGCUGCAACAAGGGGUGUUUCUGAGAAAAUGAUUUUGGAGAAUUUGCCAGAAGAUCUCCAAAUAGACAUACGACGUCAUAUCUUCAAAUUCGUUAAAAAAGUUCCAAUUUUUUCCCUAAUGGAUGAGAAUGAGCCUAUCUUAGAUGCCAUCCUUGAGCGACUAAUACAUACGAUGUACAACAGAGGAAGUAGGAUUUUGAGUCAGGGUUGUCUCAUACAGAAGGUGGUGUUUAUCGUGCGUGGAAAAUUGGAGAGCAUCGGAGAAGAUGGAAUUCCGGUUACGUUAACUGAAGGGGAUGCUUGUGGUGAAGAGCUUCUACGAUGGUAUCUUGAACGAUCUUCUAAAAGCAAAGAAGGUAAAAAAGUAAAGCUUCAAGGAUGGGGCUUAACUAGUACCAGAUCAGUAAAAUGCUUAACCAAUGUGGAGGCAUUUUCACUCCGCGUUAAAGACAUUGAAGAACUCGCAACUCUUUUUGCAGGAUUCUUGCGGAGCCCUCACACUCAAGGAGUCAUAAGGAAUGAAUCGCCUUAUGGGAAAUCAUAUAGAGCAAACAAAAUUCAGAUUGCAUGGAUAAACAGGAAGAAGCAUCUAAGACGAGCUAAUGCCACACAAUGAUUAUCAAACAUUGAACUCAUAGACUGUACUCUAAUGUUUGAUUCACUACACUUUGCCAUGAACUCUAUUGUUUGUAAUCUCCAGUCCUUGGAAUCGAAUAGUGAUAUACGGGAGUUAUGAAGUACACUACUAGAAAUUCCAUAUUUGUCUACGGAUUUCUCCUAGGAUUUAGGUGUUUAGGUUAUACCAUCGUGAGUAAUUGUUUCCUGUGAACUUUGAAAUCCUCUCAUAAUUCUCGGAACUAUCCGCAGGAAAAGUGAAAACAUCUGCAAGAAACUUUUGCUUGUUGAUUGUAAUUUUUAAGGGUUUUUCCUACUCAGUUUCCUGCAGAUUAUUCUGCAAGUACAUUUCUUGUGAACAUGCCUGCAGGUACUUCCUCUGCAAAUGGUGCAGGAAAA